GGGGAGGAGAAGAGAAGCGGCUGAGAAAGUCCCGCGGCUUCAGCUGAGGAGUCGGGGAAGUCCCGGCGGCUGCUUCUCUUGCUUUGCUCUGCUUCCUUCCUUCCUUCCUUCCUUCCUUCUUGGCCCGACCCACUCGCGACCUGCGUGGGUUUACUGGCGAGGGUGGGCUUUCCUCUUCUCUUCUUCCUCCCUCCUUGGCAAAGAGACGGAAGCGGCAUGAAAGAGAAAGCGGAGAGGAUGAGCUGGCGAGGCGGGCGCGGGUGGGGCCGCCGGGCGGAACUCCCUUCCUAGGAGCCCACGCCAGGCCAGGAAGGAGCCGAGGCUUCGGGAGAAAGAAGAAGAGGAAGAGGAGGAAGAAGAAGAAGGUGUUUCCAGCCUCCGGGGGUUUCAGGAGUCUGGGGAUCCGAUGGCCGGGGAGCUGCCGGUGGACCUGACGUGGAGGAAAAGCGGCGAAGGAGACGAGGAGGAGAGACGCGCCCCCAAAGCCCAGACCUGCCUGCCCCUCCGGAAGCGGCGCUACGCCCAAGGGGAGCCCGAGGGGGAGGCACGGGGCCCCCCGGCCGGGCAGGUGCCCAAGAGGGAGGAGGGCCACGGAGGGCGCUGGGCCCACGGCACCCACGGGCUCCACGGACCCUUCCUGACCCUCGGAUACCCGCGCCUGCCCCACGCCUACUACCCCGGUUUGGCUGGCUCCUUCCUGGGUCCGGAGCUGACCCCCAUUUUGCACCCAGUGACCCCUCCCCACCCAUUGCUGGGGGUCCCUACGCCCUACUCCUUGCUCUGCUCCACUGAGGCCCAGUUGGCGCUGGACAUCGCAACGGCCACCAAGCAAGACGAAGAUGGUGACACGCCUCUCCACAUCGCGGUGGUCCAAGGGAACCUUUUGGUGGUCCAGCGUUUGGUGGCCCUCUUCCAACAGGGACAUCGGGACUUGGACACCUUCAACAACCUGCGGCAGACUCCCUUGCACUUGGCGGUCAUCACCGGCCAGCCGGCUUUGGCCAAACUGCUGCUGACCCACGGGGCCUCGCCGAUGGUGCUGGAUCGGCACGGACAGACGGCCCUCCACUUGGCCUGCGAACACGGCAGCCUCCGCUGCCUCCGCGAGUUGCUGGAGGGGAGCCUGGCACCCUUGGACUUGGAAGCCCGGAACUUCGAAGGUUUAACUCCGCUCCAUGUAGCCGUUGGAACCUCCGACCACAACAUGGUCCUCGCUUUGCUUGAACACGGGGCUGACGUCGACGCUGUGGACAUUAAAAGUGGGCGGUCUCCCCUUUUGCAUGCUGUGGAAAACAAUAACCUGGAAAUGGUUGAAUUACUACUCAAGCACAGUGCCAAUGUCAACGCGCAAUCUUACGGCGGCAACACGGCUCUCCACGCGGCCAGCGGACGAGGCCUUCUGGACACGCUCCGGCUCCUGGUCCGCAACGGGGCGGACGGCAGCCUCAAGAACUACCACAACGACACCCCUUUGAUGGUGGCCAAGAACAAGCGGGUGAUUGACAUCCUGAGAGGGAAGGCCUCCCGUUCUGGACCGGUUCCAGACAACAGCCAAGACGGAUCCUCCCCAACCAACGGCAUGGAUAGAUCUCCAGUUCUCCGGCCGACCUACACCGCCUUGCUGCGCUCUUCGCCCGAUUCGUGUCCCACGACCCCGAGUCCGGCCCGGACCCCGAAGCCCCUCGUUCCGGCGAAUCAGAAGCCGGAGAGCAUUACGUCAGCCAACGGGUCGUCGGGGUCCGUCUCUUUGCAGGGCGUGAAACUGGAACGGAGCCCCUCCCCACCCGCCGUGGAGCCGCCAAUGGGUUUCCACGGGGCCCCCAAGUACUUCCUGCCGAUCGGCGAGGGCAUGAUGGACCCCGCUUUCUCCGUCUACCCGUUUGUGAGCUCCGGCCAAAGCCUUUCGCCGCGUCCCCUCCCGCUGAUCCCGGUCGGCGUGAAUCCGUCCCUCCUCGCCGUGUCCGCAGAGACCUUGACCAAUCUGCCGCAGCCACGGAGCCUUGGAGCGGACCAGGCGCCGUGGCCGUGUCCUCGGGACGGUGAUCCUCGGGGCAGUUGACACAAAGAAGGCCAGGGGAUGGAUCUCACUGAUCGUCUCCGCGGACGGACUCGGCCCAGAACGCUCGGAGGCUUUUGCACUUUGCUGCUCAAGAUUCCCGGCACGAAAUUAUUUCCCGUCGUCUUUGAGGGAUCUUGUGUGUGUAGCAGUGACUGAGAUGGCUCGCAAGCCACAGGAACAGGAAGGUUUGGACUUCACGGGGAAGUCGGGCUUGCACGCUUUUCGCAUUUGGCUGCUAAAACAUUCCUGGCGCAAAGUGAGGUCCGGUCCUUGCGCCGUGUGUGUAGCAACUCCAGUCAAGCCUGAGAUGACCCUUUGCGGUGUGCCAUGAACCGUUGCCCACCCAUGAAUUGCAAGCCCAUCCACAGGUUGCAAAUCCCAUCAUCCAAAAAAGAAGAGAAUGGGUUCCCUGGAACUACAAAGACAAUUAUCCACUUAUUACAAUAAUACAAAAAUCAUUAAACCUAAGUUUAGUAUCAAUACAUCAAUAUGAAAAUACAGUAGAGUCUCACUUAUUCAAGCUAAACGGGCCGGCAGAAGCUUGGAUAAGUGAAUAUCUUGGAUAAUAAGGAGGGAUUAAGGAAAAGCCUAUUAGGUUAUGAUUUUACAAAUUAAGCACCAAAACUUCAUGUUAUACAACAAAUUUGACAGAAAAAAGUAGUUCAAUAUGCAGUAAAGUUAUGUAGUAAUUACUGUACAGUAGAGUCUCACUUAUCCAAGCUAAACGGGCUGGCAGAAGCUUGGAUAAGUGAAUAUCUUGGAUAAUAAGGAGGGAUUAAGGAAAAGCCUAUUAGGUUAUGAUUUUACAAAUUAAGCACCAAAACUUCAUGUUAUACAACAAAUUUGACAGAAAAAGUAGUUCAAUAUGCAGUAAAGUUAUGUAGUAAUUACUGUACAGUAGAGUCUCACUUAUCCAAGCUAAACGGGCUGGCAGAAGCUUGGAUAAGUGAAUAUCUUGGAUAAUAAGGAGGGAUUAAGGAAAAGCCUAUUAAACAUCAAAUUAGGUUAUGAUUUUACAAAUUAAGCACCAAAACAUCAUGUUAUACAACAAAUUUGACAGAUAAAGUAGUUCAAUACGCAGUAAUGUUAUGUUGUAAUUACUGUAUUUAUGAAUUUAGCACCAAAAUAUCACGAUAUAUUGAAAACAUUGACUACAAAAAUGGCUUGGAUAAGCGAGGCUUGGAUUAGUGAGACUCUACUGUAGAUACAAAAGGAGUUGUUAAACAAUCAAAUAAAGAACUGUUACAUUCACAGUAAAAACAAUAUUUUUUCUCUUGUAGGAUGAAUUUAAUCCUCAUAAACAAUAAAUGUUCUUAAGUUCUUUGAUUGUUGCACAUACACAAAUUGAGUCCUCUUCUUAUAUAUAAUGAUUGUUCUUGUUUCUUUAUAUAGAUAGUAGACUGCAAAACCACAACCGGUUUCAACUCACAGAAAGAUCUAAGUUUUUUGUAAAUUUGAUUGUUUAACAACUCCUUUUGUAUCUAUUUUCAUAUUGAUGUAUUGAUACUAAAUUUAGGUUUAAUGAUUUUUGUAUUAUUGUAAUAAGUGGAUAAUUGUCUUUGUAAAUCCCAUCAUCCACCCAUGGAUUGUUAGUCCUAUCCACAGUUAGCAAGUGCCCAUACACCUAGCCAUGGGUUGUCAAUCCCAUCUAUGGAUUUCAAGUACCACAAGGAUGGUGAAAACAUCCAGGCGUCUCCUGGGCAACGUCCUUGCAGACAGCCAAUUCUCUCACACCAGAAGCGACUUGCAGUCUCUCAAGUCGCUCCUGACACGG